UUCAUCUGAGAGAACAAUAUAUUCAGGCAUGUUGAGAUAUGUUGCUGAAAUGUAUGCGACUAAUUUCAACUGGUUCAUAUUAAGUUCUGGCAGUUUCUUUCUUAACUUUAAGAAAUUGAGGUUCUUAGGAAGUUUAGAUUACUCAAGGAAGUAUCUUUUUCUUCCGGCAGCAAGUGUACACAAAGGAUUUCAUAAUGAUACCAGGGGAGGUAACAGGAUAGAUAACUCUUCAUUCUAUCGUGAAACAGAAGGAAAUGACAAAAUCACGGAUUUGAUCCUUCAACCUGGAGUAACAAUGAGCAGAUCACUGUUGCAGAAAUUAUCAACAAAACAUUGUUUCAAUAAAACAAAGGUUUAUCAAGAGUGUUUAGAGAACGUCACAAUUUCCUGGUUCACAGAGGAAGACAACGAUGGUAACAAGAAAAAAAUAAAUUCUGGCACUUGCCAAAAGGAAAAUGAAGACCUUACUACGACAAGUUCAGUGACAACUGAUCUCUCUAAAGAUAUGGAUUGUUUAUACAGACUUCGCAUUCAGCUUCUUUCAAAAAAAGUUCGUAAUCUCAGUUUCAAACACAAGAAACUUGAAACUAAACUAAAAAUUCUCCAAAGUUCCAUCACUCGAACAGUCUACGAAAAGCUCCAUGAGAUAAGGUUCUAUAAAGAUUUCAAACGGAAAGUUGAUUAUGCUCACAUGUUCACUCUCACCAAGGACUUGGAAGUAAAUAACAAAGAUUCCUGGUCAUUACGUUAUCAUAAGUUGCAAGGAACAACAGGGAUAAUCAGGACAAUUAUGGACGCAAUAAGUAAAGCUCAUCACGAGAACCUCCAGUUUCACGCACUCUAUUAUGGCUACAUGUUAAAUCAGCCAAUCAGAGGCCUGCAAUAUCGGUUGAAUAUUUUCACGAACAAAGACCGACACAUAGCAAGAUCAUAUCAAAAAUUUGGUGCAAUCGAAAAACGAAUUAUAAAAACAUCUGAGACGAAGCCAGUUACUAUUGUUGUACCGCUUGCAGGAAGAUUAAACAACUUUAAACAAUUCAUGAAAAAUCUAGAGCAAAAUAUCUUGAAGAAAAAUGAUCCAAUCACGCUUCUUGUCGCAUAUUUCCCAGAAGUGACACCUUCAUUAGAACACAAGAAGAUUUUUCAUCAAUUUAACAUGACGUACAGAAAUCACAUCUUCAUAUGGCUAGACCUGCCAGGCUCAUUCGCCAGGGCCCAGGCCUUACAAGCUGCAGUAGAUUUUAACAAAGACAAUAAUUUACUAUUCUUUGCUGAUGUUGACUUGACUUUUAACGAGGACUUCAUACAGCGAUGUCGUGAUAACACCGUCGCCAAGCAACGCGUAUAUUUCCCAGUCAUGUUUAAAUUAUUCAACCCAAAGAUCCUUGGUUUUCAACUCAAACCAACCGAAUAUUUCAGAUCAUUUGACAGGGAAGUUGGGGACUGGGCAUUAUACUCGUUCGGGCCGGUAUGUGCAUACAGCUAUGACGUCAUCUCUAUAGGUGGAUUCAACGUUAAAAUCAAAGAAUGGGGAUACGAAGAUAUACAUUUGUUUGAAGCAUUCAUAUCAAGAAAUAAAUACGAUAUUAUAAGAGCAGCUGACCCAGGACUUAUUCACAUUUAUCACGCGCAUAGUAAAUGUGACGUCAUUAAAAAUAAUAUUCAGCGGUUAAUGUGCACGGGCGCAAUGUUGAACAGCCUGGCAUCUGCGGAUAGCAUAGUUAAAUAUUUACUGAUGAAAAAAUAUGUCAACUUAUAAAUUUUAUUAGUAAAUUAUUCACCACAAUAUGUCGUAUAUUUAUGAGAAAGUAAAUCCUUCAGUGCCGUGUC